AAACACAAAACAACGCUCAACCACGGCGCGCGAAUCUUGAAUAUCCACUACAGCCCUCAAACACUAUCCCAACAACCAUCGCACACGUCUAAAAUGACUUCUCCACACUCACCCACCAAGCAAACAAGAUCGAAUUCCCACCUGUACACGCAUAGCCCGCAGCGCUUGGAAGCAGGGCCAGUAGGAUACGUCGAAACGAUGAAGGACCUCUGGUGGAGCCCUUCGAAUGCGAUUGACGAGUGGAAGCACGGGUCGAAACGCCGGCUGCUCAAGUACUAUGGGUUGUCCGUCCUUGCUGGUGUUAUUGUUGGUGCCAUUAUUAUUGUUAUCAUUUGGGCAAUACGGAGGAAUCGAUGAA